AUGACAACCAUGAACGUACCCGUCCCACUCCUCCCAAGCGCCGCACCACCCGAACCCAAAGAGAUAAUGGUUGGAAAUAUGCCGCUCUCACUCUUCGUUCCCAUCUGCAUCUUCGGACCAAUGCUCUGCGCGAUGCUGGUCCAUCUCUAUAUCAAGAAAAGCAGGCAGGUGGGCCGGGAAAUGGAUCGGCAGCGCCAUGGUGGGGAUGUGGAAAUGCAGCUUCGGGGGUUCUUGGGGGUGCGGGAGCAGAGGGGACGGGAGAACGUGAGGGAAGUGUAG